AUGAAACAGCAGAGGUCGCCACAAUUCCUGGAGAAAAAAAAGUUAAACUUGAAGGAGUUGUAUUACCCACCCGGGAUCCCUUUGCGUAGCUUUCGGACGAAGGAAGAAGCGCAACACGGUUCGUCAACAUUAUUCUUCUUUUCUUGCGGUAACCGAGAUGAGUUUGCUAGUGUUAUGAACGCGUUCGCUCUUCAGAGAUUCGUCUACUUCUCUCAGGAGCUAUCCAGAUUGCCGGCCGGAGGUAUGAAAAAGAAUGAAGAAGGUAAGGGUCGCAUAAGGUUUGAACUAGAACCGUACUGA